GAGGCAUCCUGCUGGUCCAGCCUGGACCAGUGUCCCUUUGUCCUGGGCCUCAGCAGUGAGAACGGGGAGCUGCUGCUGGACCAGCUCGUCCAGGUCACCGAGGGCAACCAGACCAAGGAGAGACACCUGUUCCUCUUCAACAACGUACUCGUCUUCGCUAAGCUGAAGUCAAGCGCCAGCUACCGUCUGAAGCACAGGGUGAUGCUGGAAGACAUCUGGGUCUACAGCUUUGACGAUGAUGACGAUGACGAGGAUGAUGAAGAGGCUGGAGGGGAUGUGGACCUCAGGGUCACUCUGGUGUUGGCCUGGGCGCCCACUUACUGCAUCGUCUCUUUCUGCUCACCGGGAGUGAAGGAGCGUUGGCGGGCCACCCUGCACAGGAAGAUUAUUGAGGCCAGAGCCACGUCUGGCGUUACCGCGCCAACACCACACGCACUCAUGAAGGUGUUGAGUGGAACCGUCACGAAUAAAACUCUAACAGGAGUUGGCAUGGAACCUUUUAUUGAGUUUCAAUCUGAGGCUGACCUCAAACAGCCCGCCCCGGGCAAGCCUCCCGCCAUCCUGGAAGACAGAUUAACCCAGCCAAUCGAAAAUGCCGGUAAAUGGAACAUUAUACGCAGAGUGAUGAAGGGCUUGUCCAGACAGGAGCUGGACUCUGGGGCCCAGCUGUUUGGACAGCCCCUGUCCAAGAUAUGCCCAGACAACUGCUCUCUUCCCAAGCCACUCACUGACAUGCUGGUGCUGCUGAGGAGUAAGGCCCCAUCCACAGAGGGGGUUUUCCGCAAGCCGGGCAACACCCGGGUCACCAGGGAGCUCCGGGAGCAGCUGGACGCGGGCCAGGAGGUUGACCUUGAGGGGCUGCCCGUGGUGCUCCUGGUGGCGCUGCUCAAGUGUUUUCUGAAGGAGCUGCCGGGAAGCCUGCUGGUGUCUGACCUGUAUGUCCCCUGGGUGAAGGCUCUGGAUGCGGACGAGGGCCGACAGAGGUCUUCACAGAUCAAGAGGGUUCUGGGCCAGCUCCCUGUGCACAACCGGCUGCUCCUGCAGCAGCUGCUCAGCGUUCUCCACCACGUCCUGGAGCAGUCCGACACCAACAAGAUGGACGCCCACAACCUGGCCGUCUGCACCGCGCCCACGCUGCUGCAGCUCAAUGCCACCCCUCUGGAGGAGCAGAAAGAGAGGCUAGAGAAGGUGACAGAGCUCACGCAGUACCUCAUUGAGCACAGCUGCGAGCUGCUGGGAGAGAAUGUUCUUCGUCCUUUGGGGGACACCGAAGAGGACAACUCUGACACCCUGAGCUCUCAGCUGCACGACUCUGCGUACGACAGCACCGACCCGGAGGCGGAGGCCGACCUGGCCGAGGGCGCGGGCUCCGUGGCGGGUUCGUCCCGAUCACUGCCUUGCUUCACCGCCAGCACCGCUUCCAGCCUCCCUUCCUGCUCCUCCGAGGCCUUCGCCAAGCCCACCUUCAACCGCCGCUGCUCCGAGCCCAUCCUUAAAGCCCUCCGCCCCCCUUGGGAGGCCACGCCCAGGGCCGGUCUGAGCGGCCUGGCGAGGAGCCAAGACGACUGCUCACUGGAGAGCAGGGGUGGCUACGAGCAGCACCCACUGAAGAAGCAGAUCUCCGAUGACUCGGUCUCGAUCCGGACGCCCGCCGAUCCAGCAGCUCCCGCACUCGUGGAAGGCGUCGCCCCCUUGUGGAAAGACUUGCACUCCUCCACCGGCUCUAUCGAGAGCGCCGCCUCAAACCAAUCGGAGGGCUCGGUUUUCAGCAACUCCCCGCCGCCGUCCCCCACGUGCCAGCGCAAGUGGUCCUCAAUCCGCCAGCCCCGGUGGGGUGCGACACCCAGGACGGACGGCGGCCCGGUCCCAGACUCAGAGGGGAAGCGCAGGACUCAGUCCAUGAAGCUGGGCGGGAAGGACUGUGGGAAGACGCUGAAGAAAGCGGCUGGCUUCUCCUUCCGCAAGAGCAGCCUGAAGGCCGCUCACGAGGCUCCCAGGGACACGGCCUUCACCUGCGGGACGCUCCGCAAGGACUCUCUGCCCGGGUCCCUGCGCCGGCCACGCCCCCUGUCGGCCAUUGAGGUCUUCCAGCUAACCUGCCACCCCCCGUCCUACGAGCAGGCGGUGCAGAGCGCCGGCCCGCCCACUGCUCCACACCGCCCCCCGCUGACGGUGCAGGACGCCCAGAGGGAGCAGGUCUGGAGGGCGCCGCGACGCCCGGCCUCCAUGAGCGACGACUUCCUGUCCAGCUCUCCGGUCAACCGGUAUGCGGACUGCUUCCCCUCGGCCCCGGCGGCAGAGGGGGUCCGGGACGAGGCAGGGGAGCGCCGGCGGCCCUUCCGCCAGAGGGCCACGUCGGAGUCGGCAUACCGGGCCAGCCUGUUGGCGGCGGCGCAGAGCUGCAGCCAGCCCGCCUUCGAAGAGUAUUCCUACGCCAAGGAGUCCUACAUUUGAAGAGUAUUCCUACGCCAUGGAGUCCUACAUUUGAAGAGUAUUCCUACGCCAAGGAGUCCUACAUUUGAGGACCUGUUUUGUGAUCAAUUUUCUUCUCCCGUUUCCCUUUAUCAACUUCCUCUUUCACCUGGAAUGUAUUCCACAUACGUGCAACCGUUUUAAAGGUUGGAUGCUCACUGUAGUACGAUUUAGAGUACAAUUACAAUUUAAGAGAAAGAAAGGUUAUUGGAGGUUGCUAGUCCGUCAUUGAAAAGCUAUGUAAAUAAACACAAAAUAAUUUUUUCUUAAAUAUUUUCACUUUCACUUCUCUGCUAUGCUAUUUGUUGUUAUUUUUCAUGUAGUAAAUCUAGGAGAUUCUGAGAACUGUGCGUAGUUCAAUCAUUCAAUCUCUUUUGUACAUUUUGUGUUAUCUUAACUUCACAUCAUUCUCACUUUCACUACAUUAAAGCACCUUUAUAACAGUA